AUGAACCGACUCGCACGCACCAUAAUCUACAUCUACAUUUGCACACUCACCACAGCAGCCUCAGCAACUGACACAGAAAACUACUUCACAAGCCCCGCUACCUCCAUCGGCGACAGACCAGUCUGGACACUAGGAUACGAAGCGAUCAUCGCCUGGAAUACCACGGUGCCCGUCUCCUACGUGACGAUUUGGCAGCAGAGCUUAGUGAACGAGGAUGCCGGGGGUGGGGCCACUAUAUACAGCAGAGCCCAUGACAGCGACAACGUGAACAACUUCACCUGGACCGUCCAGCUCUACGCAUCCAAUCUCAGUCUCUCCAGUGUCUUUUUUCUUUGGGCUAAUACCCAGGCUGGUGAUUUUGUGUCCCCGUUUUUCAUUAUCGCUGAGCCGUACUCGGCUGUCGCUACGGCUGCCACUACGGCUGCGACUACUGUCGCAACGGCGGGCAGUGGUGGUGCGAUUACUCAGAGUACACGGACUGGAUUUACGGCGGUGGAGAGAAUUGGUAUUGGGGCUGGGGUAGGGGUUGGUGUUCCGAUACUUUGCGCUCUGGGGGUGUGGAUUUGGUUGAGGGUGCGAAAGACAGAUCGUGGGGACUCUUUUUUGCCUUCGUUGAGUCAGGUGGAUUGGGCGCAACAGCCUCAGUCAUUUUUACCCAGCGAGACUGUUGGGUCUGGAGUGCCUAAGCAUUAUAAUGAGCUUCCUAGCCAUAGUUGA